AUGCCUGUGAUGUCUAUAGGCAUCGGAGGGCUGGAAAGAUCUAAUGCGUCCACCAUUGUUGCGAAUUGGAUCAAGCAGGGUGGGCGAGGAAUUGACACAGCCCUUGUCUAUCGAGACCAAUCAGUUGUUCCGGAGGAGCUGGCAAAAGCAGGCAUAGAUCGCAAGGAUGUCUUCAUCACCACGAAGAUUCCCGGCUGCAUGGGAACAAAAUACAGCGUUGAAUAUGAUUUGAAGCAGCUGCAAACUGACUACAUUGACCUCUUGCUGAUCCACUAUCCAUCAGGGAAUUGCUCGGAGGCGUGGUCUGUUCUGGAAGACUACCAUAGCAAGGGAACUUUGCGCGCUAUUGGUGUCAGCAACUUCAAGAAGUCAAACUUGGAGUCCUUGCUUGCGACUGCCAAAGUUCGUCCUGCUGUCAACCAGAUGGAGCUGAACGUUUUGGAGUAUGACGAGGAGGCAAUGGACACGUCAAAACAGAUGAACAUCACUGUGGAGGCUUAUUCUCCAGUUGGGCGCAGUGGUCAUUCCGGUGAUAUUCGUGACAACAAGAUUAUCAAGUCAGUGGCGGCCGCACAUAACAUUAGCACUUACCAAGUUGCGUUGAAGUGGAUCCUCCAGCAUGGCAACAUCAUCACAUUUCAGUCCAGCUCAGCUGAGCAUCAGGAUAGUGCUAGCAAUUUGGGCUCUACCACAUCAUGGACUAUGAUGGGUGACGGCUCGGUGCCAGAUGUGGGCCAGCCUGCUCAGGCACCAAAAGCGCCACCUCCCAGCUUAGUUCAGGGUAGCCAGGCACAAGGGUGGACAGCGGGUCAACCAGCAUCGACCAGUUCAGGGACACCACCACCAGCUGAUUUUAGCGCUUGGGGUGAAGUGGAUCCACCUAGAGCUGAACCUAGCGCUCCUCCUGCUCAACCAGCCUAUGCAGAUGCUCCAGCCAAUCAAGCUGCUCGCCAAGUGCUUGGAUCAGCACAACAGCAGGCCAAGAGGUUGGCUGCUCAGAAAGCUCAGGCCAAGCGCAAAGGCCAGAAAGGGAUCAAGUGGGGCCAGAUGUCUGGGGCCAACUCCCAGAAUUUUCAGCUCCCUCCAUUCAUCCAACAGCUUGGUGCUCAAGAAAACGAGCGAUCGGUCUUGGUGGUGGACAGCCGUGACAAACGGAUCCAGUCGCCGUUCCAAGGCUGGCUGUUAGAUGAGAUCCUGCUGAAUGCCCAGUGCGGGAUCAACGUGCUGUCUGAUGGGAAGCUGAUCAGAUCCCCAAAUUCUGGAUACCAUAUGAACGUGUUCUACGUCAGGACGCUUGACGGCUUCAAGUUCAUCCUGGUCGGCUGCAUGACAUCAUACGGCACAGUUCCAUGCGCAAAGUGGGAUGCCCCUACUGGCGCCGUUAUGGCUCAUCCGGCUUUUCAGCCGUUCCGUUGGCCUAUGAUGACCAACGAGAGUGCGACGUGGGUCGACGUGAAGUUCAAAGUAGAGGGUGAGUUGCUCCUGCACCUCGAGCUCCGAGGGUACCGCUCGGAUGAGGAUAUGACAGUUCAAAUGAAUUACCUGAACGAUGCCUUGAUCAGGAACAUGAACUCAACACUGUUCAUUCCCUCCAUGGUGGUCACCAUUUUUCAGGGCUGGAGAGUGAUCGCAACAUCGUUUGAAGUGGGCGGUCGCCUGUAUGCCUGCAGUGAUGGGGGCGUGGUCGUUGCCAUGGACUACCCCUUGUGUCACUUUGAAGUGAGGAUCACAGCAACGUCAUCGGCAGACUCGAUCGGACUUGAUGCUGACCGAUUGGAGUUCAGGUUUCGCUCUGCAGGUGACUCCGUUGACGUGCGCUGCUCGCAGAUUGUGGUGCCAUCGACGUGGUUGGUUGUGUCCAGGGUUUCUGGACCGACUCUGAUCAAGAAUGCCCGCUGGUGCCGCGAACACUUUGCUCGCAUCGAAGGGCCUGAUCAGACUAUGCAGCUCUCUCAACUUGCAGGGAUCCAUGCUCAUUGGACAGCUGCUGUGGAGGCGGCAUCGAUCGAUGAGACCGGCCCCAGGAUCGGCGAAGUGGCAGUCAACACUCACCCUGCCAACUUACAUUUGACAUGUGAGUCGCCGCUCUUCAGGUCUGAGUUGAAGAUCGUGCCGAAGACUACUUUGGCGCUGCAAGCUCAUGAUGUUGAACAAGAGCAGAGCACGGCAGUUCUGCCGCCUGUGACAGGGGGGCCGUCGGUGGUGCCCCUGGCCUCGGCUCCGGGCCGUUUGCGCGACCUGGCUGGGUCUUCAAGCCAAGCGCUCACUGUGACACCCAACGCUCAAGUGGGUGUGUCAGUGACAGAGCCUGGUCAGGCGCCGAUGUGUGCUGCUCCUGAAGGGGGAACGGUCUUGGUCCAGAGGAGGUCGCUCGAGACACGGAGAGCGGAAGCGAUGGCUCCAGCCACUGUGACUCCACAGGCCUUCCUUGAUCAAGUUGACACCGCCGUUUCUGGAUACCAUCAUCCGGCAAUUUUGGCCCUGCCUGUGUUUUCUGAUGAUUUCGCACAGGCCAUAUUGGCCUCGCAGUACUCGAACCUGGCUUUGAUCGCCGCGAUGGAGGUGCGGUCAGCGCCAGAGUUUGUGGUCCAAGUUCAUGAGUGGGAGGCAUCGCUUGAUCCAGAUGCUCGUGACAUUAUCCUGGGGAAUGGGUUCAUGCUUGAGCAGUACUGGAGCUUGGCCAGUGCGAUCGAGAAGGCGUAUUUUGCCUCCACAGCCAACCAACUAGGGUUUGGGCUGUGCGACCCAGUGACUGUUGCUCUGAGCGCUGAGGCGGCCGAGGCUCGCCGCAAGUUGGCCAUGAAGUCGCUCGUCUCUAAGCCUCAACAGCCCCCUAGGAAGCUCUUGAAAAAGGACUCCAAUGACUCGUCGGCCACCCCACUGUUGGACCAAGAGAAUGCCGCCAAGCUCAAAUGGUCCAACAAGUUGGAGGAGAUCGGCAAGCGGGCAGGGGUCUUCUCAAAGUUGCUCCAGGACACUUCAAAUGGUGAGGGCUUAUCAGCAGCAGAGACUGCUCGGCUGCGACAGUUAGUCCUCUCAUCUGGUGCUCCUAGGACGAUGGCAGCUCAUAUCUCAGCUUGGGAAAGGUUCGAAGAUUGGGCAACGGCAGAAGGCCUUUGUGUGUUCCCGCUGACCCAUGACAAGCUGCUCAAGUAUGCCUUGGCCCCCGAUCAGAAAGAGUGUGGGCCCUCUGUGCUGCCGUCAUUUCGCACGUCCGUCAGGUGGGUCACUUCGAAGCUCGCCAUCGAGUGUCCUGAUCUGGCUCAUCCUGCUCUGCUGGCUGUUCAAUCGGACAUCACCCAGAAAAGGGCCACCACGUUGAAAGAGGCGGUUCCCUUCUCUAUCGAGCUCGUGGGCUGCCUUGAGAUGUUCGUCUGUGACAAGCUGGAACCAGCGCCUGCUCGCCUUUUCAUAUGGUGGUGGCUCUGCAUGGUCUUUGCGUCGCUGAGGUUCGACGAUGCCAUGCAUGUGAAGCCCAUGGAGCUGCUCAUGUCCGAGGAGGGCUUGUUCGGCGUGGCGUGGCAGACGAAGGUCGAGCGCCGUCGUCGCGGAACCAAGUUCGUGGUGCCCCACGUUGGCUUCAAAGAGUCGAAGUGGCUUGAAGAGGGCUGGAACUUGUUUAGUUCAGAAGACUUGGAGCGCGACUACUGGAUGCGUGAGCUCAACACCAGGGAGGAGUUCAAGAACUCCCCGGCUUCCUACCAGAGGUCUCUUCAGUGGCUCAAGUUCCUGGCCAAGUACGCUCUGAACCAGAAGUUCGAGGGCCCAGAGGUGCGGUUGAAGGAGCUGAUCAGCACCCUGUCAUCGCUGACAGCUCAUUCCGCUCGUGUGACUCUGCUGGACGCAGCUGUUCAUGCAGGUCGCUCGACGGAAGAAAUUGGCUUGCAGGCCAAUUGGAAGAACCCGGGCCCCUUGGUGCUCAAAUACACACGGAAUCGGACUAGCGUACCGGCUCAGAUGGUGCGCCAGCUCGUGAAAGACAUGGUCGAGCAGGAACACCCGUUCGAGGCCCCAGCUGACGCAGUCCUCGAUGAAGUCGACCUCUGUGCUCUAGACGAGGUGAUAUUCUUCGUCAAGACGCAAGGGUCACGAGCGUCCCAUGACUAUCGCUACCACUGCCUGCAGGUGGAUGAUGAUCAAGUGAUGGCAUGCGGUCGCAUUCGCCUUGAAGAUUGCACCGAAGUGGGCUCUACACUGCCGGAUGUCUCAGUGCUCUGCAAGCAUUGUGCACGAGUUCGGCCAGAGGUGGCGUCCAGGUGCUUCUCAGCUCGUCGAGUUUGGGCUCUGAGCGGUCAUCAAUCCGUAACCAUGGUCGAUCGCACCAACUAUGACAUUGACAAGACGCCCGAAUUGCCUUUGAGACAGAUCCUUGGGCGGCAACGGGUGCCCACGGAGCUGUGCAAGCUCGCUGCUGAUUCGGGUUUGUUGACUGUUGAGACCUUUGCCAUGCUCGGCGACACCAUUCAUGCGGUGAAGGCUGCUCUGCGCACCAUUGUGGCUGAUAACAAUCGGCUUGGUGCUGACGCUCCAGCGCAAGAGCUUGCCCUGACCAACUUGGCUGCGGUCUGGAAGACAUGCUCAACAAUGCAGGAUCAUUUUGCAGCCAGAAGAGCAAAGAUGGAGGAGGAUCCGUCCAAAGUCCCAGAAAUCCCAGGGGAGGAUCACGCUGAGUUUCGCGAUACGUUUGUCGCUCGACACCCGGACGUCCUCCUCCCUCUUCAUCGAGAACCUCACCGCAAGUUCGUUGAGCGGGUUCAGCGCGACUAUUUGGUCCAUGGCUUUGUGCAUUUCUACGAGGUGGGCGAGAUCCGCACCCGCAAUGAACAGAUCGCUCAGAAGUCAGGCAUCAGCAAGAAUGCUGAAGAUCUCCUGAGGGUGGUGAUGGUAGAUCAACCCACUUCAGCGAGCUCCGAGACGCAGGUCAUGGACAAGCUCCACACCUUUUUCAUUACGCUGGAGUAUCUCAACAUUUGCGAGUUCUCGUUCGCUGCUGGCCCCCUCAAGUAUUUGGCAGAGCUCGAGGAAUGGCGGCACGAGAACCGUGGUCUUGCUUUGCUUUUGACUGUGGACACACUCAUCCGGAAGAAAGUACAUCGUGUCAGCUCUGACCAGAGGAAGAAGUUCACCACUUUCUCGGCGGCAUUGCUAGAGGUGCUCACCCACCACAAGCAGCUCUGGAAUGAUGCCAGGUCCAGCGCGGAGCUCGACAAGUUCAAGCAGGCGCUCAACACCGGUGCUCCGAGCACCCCAGUGCGCAAGCGCUCGAGGUCCAGAUCUGGGUCGGCAAUCAAGACUUCGCCCAAAGCUCGCAAGAACAAGCAGAGAAGAGCUCGGCAGAAGGCCACUUUGCAGAGGGCCAAGGUGGCCCUAGCGGCUCAGAAGGGCAACAGCUCGGAGGCCCCGAAGAAGGCAGCUCGUGAUGAGCGCGUUCCCGCAAAAGAGUGGCAGAGGCUCAUUUCCUUCAAGUACUCGGGCCCCAAGCGCUGUCCUUUCUACAACUGCUCAUUGGGCUGCCAUUGGCUUCUGGAUCCAGCAGAGCCCAGUGAUGGUCCCCAGACGAAGAGUCGUUCGGACCGGAGAGGCGAGGCCGCCCUUGCCGUCUCUGCAUUUCAGUGGAGCCCACCUCACUUUAGGCAUCUCAGAUGCUGUUCGUCUGGCUGGAGUUCAAGCCCUGCCUCCCGUGGACAUUGUGUUGUCAGAGUCAGUACCGUCUCAGUGGAUGUGGUGGAUCUCACAAUGUGGCAUCGCAUCAUGUUUGUGCUCAAGCUGGGUAUCGUGCUCUUUUUGCACUGCGGCACUCCGUGCAACACUUUUACCUCAGCCCGAAAGCUCGAUGGCGGCCCCCCGCCACUGCGCUCGGCAGCUGAGCCGCUUGGCCUGCCGAGCUUGUCAGCAGACAAUGAGGCACUGGUCAUGCUUGGUAACAUUUUUCUUUUUCGCACAGCCGAAGCCUGCAAGUGUGUUUUCCAGUUCGGGGGUAAUUUUUCUAUUGAGAACCCCCUUUUGAGUUUGAUGUGGGUCACACCCACAGUACGGCAAUUGAUCCACGAGACUCGUGCGCUCGGGCUGGAUUUUGACCAGUGUGCAUUUGGUGCUCCUUCCCUCAAGCCAACGCGCCUUCUGUGCUCGACCGAUCUGCUCGACGAUGUGUGCAUGCAUUGCCCUGGCGGUCACCAGCAUGUCAAGCUCAAAGGCAAAGUUUGGGAUCCUGUGCGGCAGCGGAUGGUUUUUCGCACUAAACAGGCUCAAGUCUAUCCUUGGGCGUUGUGCGCUACUGUGGCGACGGCGGUCUCGGAGUUGCUCACCAACCCGCUGGCGCACUUUUUCGCUUCAUUUCAACUGCAGACUCCGGCUGGUGAUCGCAAGCGUGCCCUGGGGUCAAGCAAGCAAUGGCCCGGGCACCGCCAAGCUGAGUCGGCAGCCAAGGCACAGCUCGCUGGCUAUCAGCUCAAGCGUGGGGCCGCUAAGCCGCUCUUGGAGUUUGAGAUGGAGCCGGGGGAAGCCAUUCGUGUCGCUCUCCAAGUGGUUCACCCCUUCACUGCGGAGGUCAUGCUGCCUGAAGCCUCUGCUCAGGCUCUUGCUCAACUACAACGUCCUGCUGCGGUUAUCCUUGCAGAGCGCCAGCGGCUCCUGGCGUUCUGGAAGCAGCGCGCCUUGGAGCUCCUGCCUCGCUCUAUUGCUCGGAUCCGCCAACAGCCAGAUCCAGCUCUGCGGCGUUUGCUUUUAGGUUGUCAUGAUCACGAAGCGCCUCAGCUUGGUCAAGUUUGCCAUGUGGAGCUCUAUGCGGAGAUGCUGGCAGCAUGCAACUCUGUGGAUCAUGACCUUCCGCAGCAUUUAUUGCACGGUUUUCCGAUCGUGGGGCCCAUCGCCGCCACCGGUCGAUGGCCACCAUAUCCGAAGCCUCAAAAAGAUCUACCAGUUCAAGCAGCUCUAGACCGGGCCUGGGCUCUCCGGCGGAAGAUUGUCUCUCGUGUGAAAGGUGUGCCAGUCUCUGAAAAUUUGAAGAAGAUCUGGCAAGCCUCGAUCGAGGACGUAGAAGAAGGCUCUUGCUUGGGCCCUUUUUCGUCGGAGGUCGUUCAAAAGAACAAGGUGCGUGGUUGCGAUAGUGCUACGACAAACAUGAUCAACCAAGUGACCAAGAUCACUGAGAAGCUCCAACUGCCGUCUACUGACAUGAAUGUGGCAGUACUUAGGCUCCUGAGGAAAGUUGCGCCAGACGAGGCGAUCCUAGGUUGGGUCUUGGACGAGAGGAAAGCCUAUCGUCAAGUCGCUGUACGACCUGAUCAUAGGAAGUUCUCUGUCAUCUGCCUGAAGGAUCCUACGUCUGGGCUCCCAAGUUUCUUUGUCAUGGUAGGGCACUCAUUUGGGUUGGUGUCUGCGGUGUACAAUUACAAUCGCCGGUCGGCGGCCAUCAACGAGUUUCUGGUCUCUAUUUUUGGUCUGGUUGCUUUUAGCUUCUACGACGACAAGUACGGAUUUGAGCCAGCUACAACAGCUGGCUGUGCUCGUGAAGUGGCAGAGAAAGUGCAUGAAUGGCUCGGAGCGAGGUUUGAUCAGAAGAAACUGCAGCUCUCGAGCGCCCCGACUAUUCUGGGAGUGACCUACAACCUGGAAGCCAUGCAGCUUGAGAUCAAGAAGGAACGUCGGGAAGAGAUCUCUUCCGAGAUUGACGCUAUCCUUCUGUCAGGGCUUCUGGAUCCCGGCUCUGCGGGGAAGCUGAAAGGAAAGCUCAUGUUUGGUGCAUCUCAGUUGUGGGGGAAAGUCGGCAGGGCUUUCUUGCGCGUGAUCUCUGAACGACAGUACCUGCGCUUUCCCAUCAAGAAUGAGUUCAAGCUGGAUGCGCCUCUGAUAGAAGCUCUGAAGCAGUGGAAGAAGCUCGUCAAUGAAGGGCCGCCAAGACCAAUCGAGAUGGCAUGUUCAAAACCAGCGGAUCUGGUCAUUUUCACGGAUGGCUUCACUCCUGAUCCUCGCUCUUCAGAAACUUUACCCGAUCGUGUCGGGGCAGUCAUGUUUGAUAGGAGAUUGAGGCAGCCUGUUCAGUUUUCUGCUACGGUCCCAGUUGAGAUCAAGAAGCGUUGGCUCCAGCGCACCACCCAGAUUGUCCCAGUGGAGAUGAUCGCGACUGUGCUUGCCCUGGAGACUUUUGCGGAGCGCGUUCGCGGAGCCGAUGUCAUCUUGCUCAUAGAUUCUGAGGCGGUCGAAGCUGAUCAGUUGAGCACAGACAAACGCCUGGGUCACGUGCUUAGCAUUCUUUGCUGUGCAGUUUUGGAUCUGACAUGUCUGCUCCCCCCAUGCCUAGAGCAGAUGUUCAUCGACAAAAAGGAGGAGGCAGAGGAUGCCGACGUAUUUAAUUUUCAGCUGACCGAAGAUGAUAUGAAAGCUCCUGUCUCAGACCGCUUGGGUCAGCGGAGCGACAAAGGAGGGGUGUCAAGCCCUCUGCCGAGCCCUUUGCAACAAUGGCAGUUGCUGGAAGAGUCGCGAGUCGCUGUCACAGUGUCCGAGGAGCUGCUGCAGAAGGCCAAAAUUGCCUUUGACCGACAGGAGGUGGUUUUUCUGCAUCAUGUGGUCGCCGUCGCUUUCCCCCAGCUACCUACUCUAAAGGCUGCACGGAAAGCGAUACGGCAAGGGCGUGUGCUGGUAGACGGUGAGCUGAAUGCCAAGCAUGACGCGCUGGCGCCACCGAUAGGUAGCGUUCUGCUUGCAUCUAUGGGCUUGGUUGACAGCAUUCUGCAAGGAGUUGAAGGAUUGUUGCAGUCUUGGAAUAGCAAGUCGCAAAGGCCCGAAGCCAGAAUUUAUCUCGUGGAAGAAGACCCUCACGCCGGUUGGGCCGUUGUGAACAAGCCGCCCGGCAUGCACUGCAAGCCAUGUGCUUUCAACACCAAUUUAGUGACUCUGGAGGGAUAUCUUCCUGCUUUGGUCCAGCCACCGCUGACUGGUACUCAUUGUCGAUGCCCUCGGGUCUGCCAUCGGUUGGACUUCCGUGUAGCUGGACCUGUGCUGGUGGCUACCGCAGAGGAGACCAUGCGAAGUCUCAAGGCGUCUUUCGAGCGGCGUUCAGUGACGAAGGAGUACCGAGCCAUUGUCUGUGGAUCGCUGGGAGAAGCAGGCACUCACUUCAAGGUCUCAGCGCCCGUCGCUGAUGAAGAGGCCGAGACCGAGAUUGAGGUGCUGCGAGUUGUUCCCUGCCCACAUUACGGCUAUCUGUCGGAGUUGAAAAUACGACCCAUCACGGGGAGACAUCAUCAGAUUCGACAGCACUGUGCGGAGUUUCUGGGUGCACCGAUUGUAAACGACGAACGCCCACUAUUUGACGUGGCUGCAGCUGCAUGGCAAAGACGAACAGGGACACCUUUACCACCAUACUACGUGCGAGGCGGCGGCAACCUGUUCCUCCAGGCAGUGGCUAUUGCAUUUCCACCACCUAGCCAAGAAGUCCAAGAAGGCCAAGUGUGCCAAGACAAAUUCGUCCGAGUGAAGGUCCCAGUAUCGGGUCGUUUUGAACGCUUGCUGCGGACCUCGGCUCGUGCGUAUGAAGAGGGUUGGAGGUCAACUGCAGAUGGACAGACCUUCCAAAUUAGAGCUUCAGGAUCAUUUGGCUAUCCACUGGACCGUUCUGCUGAUUCGGAAAGAUUCAACAGUGGGGUGGAGAUGCCUUCCUCGCAAGACAUACCAGAAGAAGGCCCAGAGAGAACCUUCGAAGAUGAGGCUGCAAAGAACUACCCAGAUGUGUCAUUUGCAUCAAGUGCUCUCUUCCAUGCUUUAGUGACUGCCAGCUUGGAACAGGGCUUUGUUCCUAGCAUUUUGCGUUCAGAUGAUGCAAUCAUUGCCUUGGAUGUGCACGGUGAAAGCGGUGCCCGGCUUGGCUUGGCCAUGGUGACAUCGGAGCUGUCAGCUGGCAGGACAUCAGACCUGGAAACUCGUGCGCGCUGGCGCUUGGAUGCCAUUUACCAAGGAGCACGGCUUAUCUUAGGAAAUGAUUUGCAAAAAGCAGCUGCAGGACAAACUCAAGCAGAUGCAGUGCGCCGUGUCUUGGGGGAACGUUUGUUGCCAGUGGUGCUUCAACUUAUGGCAGAGGAGGAGGACGUGUCCGAAGACAGCGGCUGGAACUUCUUCUCAAACCAAAUUCCUCAAACACAUUGGCCGGCUUCUUUGGGCUUGCGACUCUCAGGUGCAGCUGUGGAGUGGAUGGCGCUUGGAUGUAGCAGUCUAGCUGAGCAUGCUCUGGAGGAGCUUUUGUCACAUCUCCGUCCAGUGGUGCCCAGCACAGAAGAGAAAACCAUCAAGGAUGCGAAUGCACAGGGUGCGUCGGCGGAUCUCCAGUCACAGCCGAAUCCACAGAAUCCGAUGAAUCCAACAGAGAAUGCUCCGAAGCAGCGGCCACCCGCUGUGAUUUGCUGGCGCGGACGUGUCAUUGCAGCGACUCCAGCGUGGCGGCGCUUGAACUCCAUUGAUCAAGGUCUGCUCGUGGCCAUGGCGAAUGCUGUUGGGCCCCAAGCCUUUGAGUCGUCGCGAAGCCUUGCCCUUGAGGAGGUGGAAAAUCUGUGGGUCAGGGCGGGUGAAAUGCUGCAACACCAAAUGCUGAGCCUUCGGCUAUAUCCAGAUCAGAAAUACAUCCCCCCGGAGUUGCACGAAACUAUUUCAGAUGCGCGCAAGAUGGAAGAUGCAUCCCUUGUCCUUUCAGUGCUUGCGCCUGUGCAAACAUGUAAGGACAACAACAUCACUUUGCCAGCCUUGCGUGAAAGCGCAUCAGUGUGCUCCAAGGACGGAAACUUGCCGUUUCUUUGGCAGAAAUUGCUCGGGAGGACCGAGGGUCUCUUAGGGCUUGGUUCGCUUUCAGCUGCAAUUCUAUUGGACGAACGUUCCGGAGAUGUCGUUGCAUUCCCGGCCUUAACUAGCAGAAGCAAGAAUGUGGCCGACACAUGCACCUGUCUCAGGCGUGUAGUCUACUGGUUUCAUGCUUUACCACCGUUGUCGUCUUGCUGCUCCCAGCGCUUUGCCUGUUGUGACGGCUACGUCAUUGCAGCUGCCCGCAGGGAGGAUGGAAUUAUUUGCUGGGCAUGCUCAACGACAACAAGCCCAACAAGCUCAGACUCAGAGCAAAAUGCCCUGAAAGAUGUACUCCAACUGCUGAAGCACCUGCCCAGAGCACCAAAUCUUUGGAGUGCUUUAGGGGCGCUGGAGGCACCUGGAGUCUUCGGCUGA